AUGGAAUAUCUCGUUCGCUUUGCUCAGACUCAUGAGACUUUCCGGCGACCGGAACUCGAGGCCUGUGCCACCAUUGCCGGCGCCGAGAUCGAGAUCCUGUCCUAUAAUCAAUAUUCCCCACACUGCGUCGUGAGAUUCCCCGAUGCAGCUGCGGCCGCUGCCACUAUCAAGCGCAGCGUUUUAGCCAAGGAUGUUUUCGAACUAUGGGGCCAAGGCACUACCUACGAGGAGCUACAUGAAGAUGUCCGCCGACGAUCCCAGCAUCUAUGGGAAGGCUAUAACAACGUCCCAUGGAAAUUCGUCAUCACCAGUUUUUCAGGAACGCGCAGUAUGGAGAAGAAGGGAGAAAUCAUGCGAUCGUUCAAGUACAUGGGAUUCCACGGUCCAAUUCAGAUGAAGAAUCCCGACGAAGAGUUCCAUGUGAUGGAAGAGUACAUUGAUGACGUUGAAGUCGCCGCACUAGGAGUAUCGAGGAUAGAAGAACCGCGGAAAAUCUUCCUGGGACGCAAACUGGGCAUCAGCUGCCGUGAAGAUAUCAUCAAAUACGACCUCAAAAAGCGCCGAUAUAUCAGCACGACCUCCAUGGAUGCAGAACUGAGUCUGGUGACAGCGAAUAUGGCCCUGGCAGCACCGGGAAAGUUGUUCUUCGAUCCCUUUGUGGGCACAGGGAGUUUUAUCGUCUGCGCCGCGCACUUCGGAGCAUUGACGAUGGGCGCAGAUAUUGAUGGCCGUAGCUUCCGCGGCAAAGACCGGUCCAAACUGGGGGUCUUUGAAAACUUCAUCCAGUAUAAAACGGAGAGCAAGUUCAUCGACACACUGACUUCGGAUCUGACAAACACGCCAUUUCGAAGGAGUGGGUUUCUUGAUGGCAUUGUCUGUGAUCCACCCUACGGCGUGCGAGAAGGACUUCGGGUCCUGGGAGAGCGCAAGGGAAAACCGGCUGUCAAUGUCAUCAUCGACGGGGUUCCCGCCUAUCUCCGACCUGGAUUCAUUCCCCCCAAAAAGCCGUACGGGUUCGAGGCAUUGCAGAAUGAUGUUCUCAACUUUGCGGUUCAGGCGUUGGUCACCAAUGGUCGUUUGUCGAUGUGGAUGCCAACCUCCAAUGACGAGAAACUCGAGUUCCCGGUGCCCAUGCACGAGAAUCUGGAGGUCGUCAGUGUCAGUGUUCAGGACUUUGGAAAUUGGGCUCGUCGACUAAUUACCUACCGUCGCCUCCCCGAAGGAGAACUGUCGGAUAUCUCGAUGGCUCGGAAGAGGACCGACGCUGAUGGCUACAAUGCUAACGAGCUCAAUGCAUUCCGACGAGUGGUACGUACUAUGUUGAUGAGACGGGACCGAAGCAAUGGGCUAAUGAACGGAAAAAAGCAUAUGUUGAAAGGCCACGGCACAAGAUGCGGAGAAGACUCCGAAGCAUCGCAAUAA